GCCGAUCCUGAGGCAAGAACUGCAUCACUAUACUCACGUUUACACAACACAGCCAUCUCUUUGUCCCAGCUCAAUUGCACAACUCAUUGAUGGCUGCGUGCACCGAUCUGCAGAGCAUUCUUCGCAGCUUUGUCCCAUGCUCUCAAUGCUCAUCGUGGAUUCUGUUAGCUAAUGCCAGCCAAGCCCGGCCCACUCGCUAAGGCAAUGGCAGCGUAAUGUGUUGAGUUUGCAAAUGUCUUGCUAGGCGCCUCCAAUAUAUAUUCUGCCUUGUACUACGCAGAACGACCGCCCCGAAAAGCCCUGCAACUGGCCAUCAUGACCGCUACUCAGGACAACCUCAACACCACCCACGAUGAGGUCGUCGUCGCGCCCGUCGAGACUGAGCAGGACAUCAUACAAGCCAACCAUUGUGUAUCAGAAGCCUUCGGCCGUCAAGCAAAGGACGCUGUCUGGAUCUCGAUGAGUCCAGGAUGGGACACAGAAGAAGGACGAGCUGGCCACGCUCAAGCCAUGAUUGAGCAGUGGAAGAGUGGGACUACCAAUAAAGAUGGCCAGCCGAACAAGAUCUACCUGAAGGCCACCCUACCCGACCCCGAGAACCCCGGACAGCGCAGGGUUGCAGGCAUGGCUAUCUGGGGGCAGUUCUCUGAAGUGGAAGGCUACGGUGAUAAGUUCACUGGCGACAUGUCUGAGGCACUGGCAAAGCUAGACGACACACACAGGCGCUUUGCCGAUCAGAUGUUCAAGUCACUUUGGAAGAGACGCAUUUCUUAUAUUAAGGAAAUUGCCCAGCAGAAGGACCGCCAAACGCCGCCCGCCAUCUUCACACUAGAUCUCUGUGCUGUUGAUCCAGCAUACCAAAGACGUGGCAUUGCCGGCAAGCUUGUACAAUGGGGCCUGGAGGAAGCGAAGAGGAGAGGCGAUUUAGAGUGCACGACAGAAGGAAGUGCCAUGGGAAGAGCAGUGUAUAGGAAAUUAGGCUUUAAGGACGAGGGCGAGGGCGACAUUGUGUACGAAGUUGACGAUGAGUUCAAGGAUUGGGACAAGCCGGCGAAUGUCUUUUUGAGGACUGGUAUUUGAGCACAGUCAAAAUGCAUGAAGAAUCGAAUGACUACAACACUACCGUA